GAGUGUAUUAUUACAGGAAGCCCUUGGAAGUACAUGAAGGAAAAAUUUUGUGGAGGAAUAGAUACAUGUAUAGAAACAUUACAAGAACUACCUUGUGGAAUGCAAUUGAAGGAGAACAUCACAAAGGCUGAAAUAGAGGAAAUACAAAGUCACAUUAAAUCCGAAUCUCAGGUUCUGAGUUCAGUUGUACUGGCGUGUUUAAUUGUUGUGGGACUGUUUUUUAUCUGCUUAAGUCGCAUAACCCAAGAAAACUUGAAUGACCAGCCAAACUCACACAGAAGAGGAGACACAUCCAACCAGCUACAACAAAUUGAAGCACCAGAGCAAACGUUGAAUGACCAAUCAGAGACUGAAGCUUAA